AUGAAUUCUACAACUAAAACCUACACUGUUAUGUGUACAUGUUCAUCAUGUACCAAAAAUGCAAUUGGUAGAAUUUUGCAAAAUGCACAGACCUUUAAGCGUCAUAAUAAUGCUGAUAAGUUAUUAGACAUUGGCCCAAAAAAUCGAGUUACUACAGAAGUUGUCGAAGAAGAGACAGACGUUGAGAUGGUAGAUGUAUCUGAAACAUCGAUUGAUUAUGAAGACAAUUAUUCUAUUGUAUCAGCCGAAACUACUGUACAGAGUGUACCUUUUUUGAGAGAAGACGAGAUUUUUCAAUUCGAAGAGUCUGAUGUCGAGACAACAUCAUUGGCUUCUGACAAUGACGAUCCUGAUUCAAGCGAUGAGUCUGAAGAUGAGAGCGAAGUUGAGGUUGCCAGUGUUGAAGAUUUUGAAGACAUGGUUGCUUCCGAAAUACUUGCCUUUGUAGUUGCUUCUUUGAAAAUUCAUGAAAUGUCUCAAACAAGCCAAUUCAUGGCUCUAUUUGGCGUUAUCUUUCAGGCGUUUUACUUGGUUCAAGCAGGUGGAACUGCUAUGUUGAACUUCUUCCGCCAUCUUCUUGUUGCCUUUGAUAAGGAUACCGAUCUCCCACUCACCAUUGAUGCAUUAAAGACUAUGACCGGCUUCAAUUUCAUGAUAAAAAGCAUCGUCAAAUACACCGUCUGCAACAAGUGCUUUGCAAUUUACCUACCAGGCAAUCGCCAACCAAAUUGCACAUUCAAAAAAUACACAACCACACCACCAACAUACUGCGGAAAUCCUCUUUUCUCUGACACCAAAGCUGAUCGCGCCGUCCCUCUCAUGGUUUUUCCAUACAACUCGCUCAAGAAUGCAUUGGCACAGCAUUUCGCCAAACCUGGGUUCGAGCAUCAAAUCGAAAAUGCAACCAAAGCUGAGAUGUGGUUCUGCACAGAAUCUGAUGCAGAGAGAGCUGUUUUGGAGAAGCAGCAUGGCACCCGUUUUUCCGAGUUGCAUUGCCUACACUACUUUGAUCCCAUCCGAUGCACGAUUGUUGAUCCCAUGCACAAUUUGUUUCUUGGGACAGCAAAGCAUAUGAUCAGUGUUUGGAAAGACCUGAGGUAUCUCCCAACUGCUGUUCUCAUCUGUAUGCAACGUCUUGCCGAUGGUAUUCUUGUUCCUCCUGGGUAUGCCGUUUUAUCAACAAAGAUCGAAUCUGGUUUCCCGUAUAUGAAGGCAGACGAGUGGCAAUCGUGGUGUCUGAUUUAUUCGUUGGUGGUACUAAAAGACGCUUUGCCUGAAGACGACUACAAAAACUGGACUCUCUUUGUAAAAGCAUGCCGAAAGUUGACUGGUCCUUCAGUCACAUAUUCAGAAAUUGACAGUGCACACCAGCUCCUUGGAGAAUUCGGAAAAGAGUGUGAGACUCUUUAUGGAGAGAGCAGCAUCACGCCAAAUAUGCACUUGCAUGAGUCAAUGCUUAAUUUUGGUCCGGUAUACGCAUUCUGGCUGUAUAACUUCGAGAGAUACAAUGGCAAGUUGAAGAACAUCAAGACGAACCGUCGCAAUGGUCUUGAGGUCACCUUCAUGAGAGUCUUCCUGGAGAAAGCAUUCAUUGGUAGCUUUCUUCGAGCGUAUUCUACCAAUCUUUCAUCACCACUGAUAGAGUUCCUUGAGGGGGUUGCCCAAGUAAAAUCAAAUUCCGACAGCUCUUCUCCCUUGAAUUUGGAUGCUGGCCACCCUCCUGCGUUGCCAUUUAGCUUAGCAAUGUUCCAGCAAGCUGCUACAAAUCCAUGGUACAAUGUCACCGGAAGGAGAAUCCCAAUUGGUGAGGAUGUAUUUGUGAACAAUCGGAUUCAAAAGGUGAAGAAGAUUUCGUUGCUGGGGCAAGAGUACUGCAGUGGUGAAAAGAAGAAGCGCGGGUCUUUUGUGAGGGUAUUGUUUCUUGAGAGAACAAAUGACGAUGUAUCUGAAUUCCCUGGUCAAAUAGAGUAUUUAUUUACUCAUACCAUCAAGAUCGGUGGAGUCAAAAGAGUGUCAACGUUCGCAUUCAUUAAAUGGUUUCCCGCCUACCAUUCAAGUAGUCAUCAGCCAUUAGCUGAUCAAGGUCUGCAGUUGUGGGACAAGGGAUUAAUGGAAGAAGAUGCUUCGUGCAUUGUUCCAGUGCAUCGUCUGCAUUCGUGCUUUGCAUUGACUACGCAUAAAAUGCAGAGUGGGACGCAAAAGCACCUGGUUAUUCCACUGCCUAGAAAAGUAGUCACAUAA